UUGUGCUUUCGGAAGAGAGAAGCGAGUGGAUUUCAGCAGAGAUGAAGUGCUGGCUGUUUGGGAUCGUGAUUGAAAGCUUGUUGGUUGCUGGAAUAACAACUGAGGGUGAAAGACAAGACCACCUGGAAGUGAACACCAAGUAUGGACGUCUGAGAGGCAAACUGGCUGGCGUGGAGGGCGUAGACAAGCCUGUGAAGAGCUUUCUUGGAGUCCCAUUUGCCAAAUCCCCAACUGGAUCCCUGAGAUUUUCCUCACCACAACCAGCUGAACCCUGGAGCUAUGUGAGAGACUGCACAUCCCAACCCCCAAUGUGCCUGCAAGACCUGGGGUGGCUGGAUGCUUUUAGGACGCUCAUGAAUGCAACGCUGUCCAACCUGACGGUGGCUGAAGAUUGCCUCUACCUGAACAUUUUCACCCCAGACACGGAGGCUAAGUUGCCUGUGAUGGUUUGGCUUCAUGGAGGUGGCCUGGUCAAUGGCGGGGCUUCACUUUAUGACGGAUCGGCCUUGUCUGCUUAUGGAAAUGUGGUGGUAGUCGUGCUUCAGUACCGGCUGGGGAUUCUUGGAUUCCUCAGCACUGGCUCCCAAGAAGCCCCUGGAAACUGGGGGCUCCUGGACCAAGUAGCAGCCCUCCAAUGGGUUCAGGAAAACAUUGAGGCUUUUGGAGGAGACCCCUCCUGUGUGACCAUAUUUGGAGAGUCCGCUGGAGGAUUCAGCGUAGGGGCUCAGAUUUUAUCUCCUUUGUCCAAGGGUUUGUUUCACAGAGCGAUCUCUGAGAGUGGAAGUGUCCUGCUCCCCGGCAUCUUCAUCCAGCAUCCAGAAAUCCUUGCUCAAAAAGUGGCAUCUGCUGCCAACUGUGAUCCUACUAGUCCUGCCAUGCUGCUCUGCUUACGGAACAAGACAGAAGGAGAACUAAAGUCACUGGUUUCCAGGUUGCCCCCGGAACUUCACUUUAUUCCUGCAGUUGUUGAUGGAGAAUUCAUUCUAAAAGCCCCAGAGGAACUGUUGGCCUCCAAGGAGCUUCAUGCCGUCCCAUAUUUAAUUGGAGUGAAUAAUAAUGAAUAUGGAUGGCUUAUCUACAGUUUGGCAAAAAAUUCUUCCGAUAUAGAUGGCAUGGAUCGGGAAAGGAUCGCAGCAGAGAUGCAGCCACUCACCUCUAACUGGAAUUACCCUCCUGAGAUUAUGCAGAUGAUAUUGGAUAAGUAUUUGGAAGCCACUGAAGACCCUAUAGAGUUACGCAGUCAGUUUCAAAAACUGAUGGAAGAUGCCAUCUUUGUCGUGCCUUCUCUUCAAACCGCAAGAUACCACAGAGAUUCUGCUGCUCCGGUCUACUUCUAUGAGUUCCAGCAUCGCCCCAUAGCAUUCAGAGACAAGAAGCCAGAUUUUGUGAAGGCAGACCAUGGUGAUGAACUCGGCUUUGUAUUUGGGGGACCAUUCCUGAGAAGCAGCACAAUCACAUUUAGUGAAGCUACAGAGGAGGAGAAACGGCUUAGCAGAACAAUCAUGAAAUACUGGAGCAACUUUGCCCGUAACGGGAACCCAAAUGGUGAAGGUCUGGUGGAAUGGCCGCAGUAUGGUCUGCAUGAAGAGUAUCUCGAAUUAAACUUGGAACAAAGGAAAUCAGAGAAACUGAGAAACAGCUAUGUGGACUUUUGGUUAAAGACCCUGCCUGAAAAAAUAAAAACAAUAAUUGAAGAAGAGAAAACACACCCAGAGCUGUAAAAUUCUUGAGAUGUGUACAGCACCAGUCUUGUCUGGACUAAACAGUACAGCUUAUUAAACAAAAAUUGUUCACACAGUC